AUGACGAUGACCGCCGCCCCCGUCAUCGUCGAACCGGUCACCCAAACGUUAUCUACCGCUCCGUGCUGCCCACAAUGCGGUAUCGAUCUCGAGGGGACCCAACCCUUCUUGGAGAUGCAGGCGGCCGUUCUCGAUGCCCACAACAAGAUCCAAGAACUUCAAAGCCAAGUGCGCCUGCUCAACGAAAAGGCUUCAUCCGCCGUCGAUCGCUGGGCCGAUUACGAAGACGAGAUAGCCCAACUACGAGGGCAACUCAAACAGCAGCAGCAACAACAACAAUCCCAGUCCUCCCCAGUUGCGUCCCAAAUAUCAUCACCGCAACAACAACAACAACACGCCGAUGCAGCCCUCGCCACCCCUCCCCAAUCCGCAACCCCCUCCACCACCGCAACAGCCAACGCCUCCCCCGCCGCCCCUCGCAGCGUCAGCUCCGUCUCCUCCUUCCUGCCCACCGGCGCCGCCUCCCGUCUCUCCGCCUUUUUGACCUCGCGCAAAUCAACGCCCAACCUCAAAUCCGCCCAGUCUUCUACCGGUCCUGUUCCUCAUAUGCCAACGCACCAAUCCACCCUCUCGCAAUCGUUCACUCUAAGCAGCCCCCUCCAACAACCGUUCCAGUCCACCUCCCCGUCCCUUCAGCAACAAAAAGAGAUCUCCGACCUCCAGGCAGCCCUAUCCCAAGAAAAAUCCCUCCACACGGAAACCCGCGCCAAGCUAGCCAAAGCCGAAGCGAAACUAACCGCCACGUCGCGCGAGAUCGAGGAGUUAUCGGUGACCCUGUUCUCGGAAGCCAACGAGAUGGUCGCGUCGGAAAGAAGGGCGAGAGCGAAGCUGGAGGAGCGGGUGAAGACGCUGGAGAAGAGAGACGAACAGAAAAAGGAGAGGCUGGAAAUGCUGGAGGGGGCGGUGAGAAGGAUGGAGAGGGUGAGGGAUGUGUUGAAGGAGACUUCGCAGGUAAUGGAACGGGGAACACAUGGGAGUGAAGAGGGAGAAGAGGAUAGUGAUUACGAGGGGAGGUUACCGGUGGCGGUGGUGAGGAGGCAGAAUUCCAGGCUGGAUCUGGAUGAUUGA